GCUUUAAAGCCGUAAAGCUAAAUGAUAUGAAUUCAUCAUAUUACGUACUUUAUUGUUCUCGGAUCUUUCUGUGUGUACAAAUCAAUGGAUUGCUUUAUUUGGUUAUUUGUAUUAAUUUAAUUUUGUCUGUUCCAAUUGUUUUGGUAAAUACCUACAUUGUUGGAAUAACCUAUUACUGUCGGAAUAUGCACAACCCAGCAAACAUUUUAUUAGCUGUUACGUCAUUCUGUGAUUUAUUAGUUGGAACCUUCUCAAUUUUUCCGUGGGAAACGGUCUAUAUAAUGUCAACUUUACAUUCCCAUAAUUGCAGCUUAUUUUUAUUUGCAAAUUUUACAUCUUAUUCAUUUGGAAUAUUAUCAUUCUUAUUAGUUUGCUUAGGCUCAAUUGAUCGGUAUAUUGCCGUUUUCCAACCAUUUUUCUACCAAAAAUACAUUCAUAACAACCCACGCCUCUACGUAAAAUUGGUCUGUAUUAUUGCUGUUUUUGUUUUUUUAUUAACAGGAUUGAGCUUUUUAACUGAAAAUAGAAAACUAAUUGAGUUAGUUAUAAUUUAUUUUAUUCCAAUUUUAAUAAUGGUUGUUUUAUAUAUCCAUACGAAACUGCAUAACAGAGUAAAAAUGAUUCGACGAAUAAUUUCAACACAAAAUCCUAAAACAAAUUUUUCAGAUGAAAAUGAAAACAACUUCGAUAAAAAUAAAAAUAGACAAGAAAAAAAGCGUAGUAACUUAGUUUUGGGGAAAAAAGUCAAUAAAAAUUUGAAAAUAAAUAAUAUAACCCUGAUGAUAUAUUUAUCGACUUGCAUUGCGUAUUUACCAUACAUUUCAUUACUUUGUUUAUGGCAUUUUAAAAGCGUAAGUUAUUAUUGGCAAUGGACUUAUAUCUUUUACCGGUGGGGACAAACACUUACUCUAACCAAAUCUUUAACAAAUCCUGCGAUUUACUUUUAUCGGUCUAAAAUACUACGUAAAAGUUUUCGUAGAAGUCGUAUCAGACAGUCUGAGUCAAUUAAAAAUAAAGUUAACCAACCAGAACGCGGUAUGCAGCCGAAUCACAAUAAAGUUAGCCAACAAGGAAGUGAUAUGCAGACGAAUCAUAUUAAAGUUAUCUAAACAGAACGCGGAAUGCAGGCGAAUCACAAUGCGAAUUUACAAAAAAAUCUAAAUAAAAGUUGAAAGGAUAAAUUCAAGUAGAAAACGCUUUGAAUUAAAAACAGUGAUGUAAUACGUUUUACCAUAAAAGUAUUCUAUUUUCUAAUCUUUGCAGCGCUAUUAAAUUCAAUUUAAAAGUAAAUAUACUUUUAAACAAUUUUUCUUUGUUAUAAUUGCGUUUGGUCUUAAGGAGAGUUUAAUUUAGGUAUGAUAUAUGCAUGCUAU